GAUCUGCUCGCUGUUGGUGUUCACGUUUAGCGCUUCGGUGGCAUGUAUUCAUCGAGCCGAAUCGCGUGAUACCCAGUGUUUAGAUUGUAACACCUAGUGCGGGACUGUUAACAUACAGACGUCAGUUUGUGAGUCAUAACCGAGCCGGAAAAGGCCAUUAUUAGCGAGCUAACGGGUAACGUUAGCCGGGCCGGGGAGAGCCAUGCCUGCACGGACCUUGUACGUUAGCCCCCUGCCAGCUUCAGCUUCAAAUAAACGACUAGAGGAAAUAUUCUCGGAAAUUGGUCCGGUGAAACAAUGCUUCGUGGUCAACGAGAAAGGCUCAGACAAAUGCCGGGGGUUUGGCUAUGUCACAUAUGCCAUGGAGGAAGACUCCCAGCGAGCUUUGAAAGAAGUAAAGGAAUACGACGGACAAAGGCUUUCUGUUGUACUGGCGAAGAGGAAACUUAAAGAGAAAAAGAAAACCGCGCCUGGAGAGCCCGCUGCAGCACCAAAAGAAAAAGAUGCAGCACCAAAAGAAAAGGUUGCAGCACCAAAAGGAAAAGAUGCAGCUCCAAAAGUAAACGAGCAGAACAAAAGCGUCAAGAAAGUCAAUUUGAAACCCAAACUCAUCAUCAGGAAUUUGAGUUUUAAGUGCUCAGAAGAUGACCUGAAACAAAUUUUAUCCAAGUUCGGAACUGUUCUUGAGGCCAAAAUUCCCCUCAAGCCAGAUGGAAAGAUGCGCGGAUUUGCGUUUGUUCUUUUUCAAAAUCUGUUUGAGGCAGGGAAAGCACUACAUGCUCUGAACCUGAAGGAGAUAAAAGGUCGGCAGGUAGCAAUUGACUGGGCUGUGCCUAAGGAACAAUUUAUCGCCACACAGCCGCCAUCAAGUGCAGGAAAUAAAAUUAUAGAAGCAACUACAAAAAAGUCAGGUGCCAAGAUUAACACUGAAGUCAAGGAAGAAAAAAAGCCACAAGCAGCACCUGCAAAUAAAAGAGUCCCUUCCAAAUCAUCUGUAAAGCAGGUGGAAGAAUCCCAAUCUGAUGAUGAUGAUGAUGCUAGCGAGGACCAAGAUAGUGAGGUGGAGGAGGAGGAGGAAGAUUCAGACAUGAAAGAAGAGGAGGAGGAGGAGGAGGAAGAUGAUGAUAUGUCUCAGGAAGAAGAGGACGACAGUGAAGACGAUAAGAGUAGCGAUGAUUCAAACGAUGAUGAAGAGGAUGACGAGGACAUGGAAGCAGAUAAAUCAGCUAAAAAGAGAACCUCAAAGAAGCUUCUCCCUUCAGAUGUGAAGGAGGGCAGAACCAUUUUCAUCAGGAACCUUUCCUUCGAUACAGAAGAAGAUGGUCUUGAGGAAGUUCUGUUAAAAUACGGAGAGCUUAACUACAUUAAGAUUGUUAUCCACAUGGAAACGGGACAUUCAAAAGGUUGUGCAUUUGCUCAGUUCAAAACUAAAGAGGCUGCAGAUAAAUGCAGGGCAGCAGCAGAGGAAGUGGCACAGAACGGUGGCAUCCGUGUCGAUGGCAGAAAGCUGUUCGUUGUGGACGCAGUGAGCAAAGAUGAUGCUUCCAAGCUGAAAGUGGACAAAGUGAAAGUGGAAACGGGCACCAGGAACAUGUAUUUGGCCAGAGAAGGAUUGAUCCGGGCUGGAACCAAAGCUGCAGAGGGUGUUCCUGAAGCAGACAUGAUCAAAAGAACCAGAUUUGAAGAAAUAAAGAAGACCAAGCUUCGGGCCUUGAAUGUGUUUGUGUCAAAGACUCGUCUGUGUGUCCAUAACCUGCCGAAGUCAGUGGACAAUAAAAAACUCAAAGCCCUCUGCUUCCAAGCAGUGAAAGGAGUCACAGGAGUCCGCAUCACAGAGUGCCGAGUGAUGUAUGACAAGAGGCCAGAGAAGGGUCAGGUGAUGGGACAAUCAUUAGGUUAUGGCUUUGUCCAGUUCCAGGCCCACGAACAUGCUCUCAGCACACUUCGUUACCUUAACAACAACCCUGACAUCUUUGGCUCACACAAGAGACCUAUUGUUGAGUUCUCCCUGGAGGAUUCUAGGAAACUCAAAAUGAAAGAAAUGCGUCAACAAAAAAACAAGGAGCAAAGUCUGGCUUUUAAAAGAGCAGCAAAACCUCAGCCCCAGACAGUCGGAGAAGGAAAAGGACCCAGCACCAGUGGAAAUAAAGCACCAUCCUCAUCGGCGCAGACCAUAAACGAGAAAGCUCCUGUUCAAACCCCGGAGCAACGCAACCGCUAUUUCGGCUUCCAGACCACCCCUGAGUUAGAACACGUCAGUUUGGAAAAUGGAAAGAAACGAAAGAAGAUUCUAAACUUUCCAUCCCAUCGUGGGCCUAAGAUCAGGCUGCGCGACAAGGGAAAGCCACAGGCCCCGCCCCCCAAGAAAGCAAAGCCUGGAUCCAACAGGAAGGACCGUCAAAGACAACAGAUGGAAAAGCCCAUGCAGCGCAGCAACCAGGUCAAAAACGCCAAGAAGCCUUCCAAGAGAGGAGGCGGGGACCACUUUGACAGCCUGGUGGAGAAGUACAAGAAGAAACUGAUGGGGAAUAGCGACAACUGCACCAAUGUCAAAAGAAGCAAGUGGUUUGAUAGUUAGUGAGUGUGUGUGUGUCUGUGUAUGUAUGUAUGUGUGAGAGAAACAAUGUGUUGGCAUCUUAAGUGUGUAAGGCUACGACAACAAUCGACUUUCUUAAAAGAAAACAAGUUUAGUGGUUCUCAUAAAGUUGUUUAGUGUCCAGCAUGUGACGCAUCGUGUGUGGAACUGUUCCGUGCCCUCACGUCCUUCAACCUCAUCUUGCAUUUCUGUAAUCCAUGUUUUUACUACUAAAACAAACCGAAAAAUUAUUGUACUUGGUAUUUUAUGGAAUAAUAUACAGUAAAAAAACAUGAA